AUGGUUUCAUACGAACCUAAGAAAAAUGGUCCCCGACCAUACAAUGGUACUCCUACACAAUCGUACCAUAUUGAUAGUUAUUAUAGAACACCAGUGGGAAAACCCAAGGGACCAAGAUCUUCAAAUGAUGUAAAUUCACGGCUGUGGGACGAUGGGCAAUAUUCAAAUGUCAGAAAUUCGAAUAUAACAAACCUUAUUAAUUCUCACCAAAGAAUGGGCUCUUUUGGGUCUACGUCAACCGGAGGAGAAUCUUUUGAUGCGGAUUCACUAAUCGAUAGUUAUUCUUAUCAAAAUGAAAGACAAGAAGUUCAACGUAAAUCAUUCUAUAAUAACAUUGAUUCAACUUAUCCUUCCAAUUAUUCUCAAGAUACACCUCAAUAUCAACCAAUGCAACCCAAUACUACUUCAUUUUAUCAUAGCCCUAGUACAAUAAUACCACAAAAUGAAGUUCGAAUACAGCCUCUAGCUGCAAGGCCUUCAACUAAAUCUACUACUAAUAAAUCUGGUCGGCGAUCUCCUCAGCUUUUAAAUCAAUAUGGCACUAAUUUUUCACCAUUUUCCUUGAGAGUAUCGCCAAUUACGCCUGGUACGGUUUCAAAUUUAAUAAUUCCCGAAGAUAUGCCAACUCGGAGGUCAACGGAAAGUACUCGUGAAAGGCCUAAACCUCCAAUACACACUCAGAGAACCGAACGCAUACGUUCAUUUUCAUUAUCAGAAACAUCAUCAAUGCUUAAUUCGGAUGGAUUAAAUUCACCAUCAUCUCCUUCAUCAACAAUGGGAAAACAACCAAUCCCUAUUGUUUAUCCUGCCUUACUUUCACGAGUUGCCGAGGCAUUCCAUGUCCGAGUUGCUUUAUCAACUAGAAUAAAAGAUAAUGUUGAAUAUAAAGAUUGUUUUGAUGGAAGAGAAGCAGUGGAUAAAAUUGCAUUUAUCAUCAAAACGACGGAUAGGAAUUUGGCUUUAUUAUUAGGAAGAGCCUUAGAUGCACAAAAAUUUUUCCAUGAUGUAACUUAUGAUCAUCGACUUCGUGAUUCACCUAAUGAAUUAUAUCAAUUUCGAAAAAUGCGAUCCAUUUUAUCACAUUCCGAUAGUUACGAUACUGAUGAAGAAGAAGAAAUUGAUGAAAUAGAAGAAAGUGAUUUACCAAAUGGAGUUUUUACAUUGUUGACAGAUUGUUAUUCUCCUACUUGUACUAGGGACAAUUUAUGUUAUAGCAUAGCUUGUCCUAGGAGAUUGGAACAAACUGCAAGGAAAAGUAUGAAACCUAAACGAACAAACAGUCAAAUUUCAAAUUCGGUUUCUGAAACGGAAAAGAAACGUCAAGAGGCCAUAAACGAAGUAAUUUACACAGAAAAGGACUUCGUUCGAGAUUUAGAAUAUCUUAGAGAUUGUUGGAUGACACAGAUUUUAUCACAAAAUUUCAUUCCAGAAUUUCGACGAGAAAGUUUCGUCAAAGAUGUGUUCAGUAAUAUCAUGGAAAUAUAUCUUGUUAAUUCCAAACUUUCUGAUGCUCUUAUUAAACGUCAAAAUUCUUAUGCCAUUGUUAACGAAAUUGGAGAUAUAUUUCUUGAACAUGUUCCAUCAUUUAAACCUUUCAUAAGUUAUGGGGCUCGUCAAUUAUGGGGAAAAUACGAAUUUGAAAAGGAAAAAAGUACUAAUCCGUUAUUCGCAAAAUUUGUCGAAGAUACCGAGCGACGUCCGGAAUCUAGAAAGUUAGAGUUAAAUGGAUAUCUUACAAAACCCACAACACGCCUUGGUCGAUAUCCAUUAUUAUUGGAGGUUGUUCUCAAAAAUACUCCCCAAGAUCAUCCCGAUCGAGAAAAUAUACCAAAAGUUAUUAAAAUUAUAAAAGAAAUUUUAACAAAUGUUAAUAUUGAGUCCGGUAAAUCCGAAAAUCGAUUUAAUUUACAACAUUUACAUGAUCAAUUAAUUAACGAUACCGCGGAUCUUAAACUUACGGAGGAAGGACGCCAAAUUAUUUUCAAGGGAUCAUUAAAAAAAUCUACUGGUGCUGGUGAAUCAUCUGACUUGCACGUAUUCUUGCUCGAUCAUGCAUUGUUGAUGGUUAAAACCAAGAUUAUUAAAUUAUUAAGAGUUUCAACUUCAGAAGCUCUCACCGAAGGCAAAAAUGUAAAUGCAAGGCGUCCUCCAUCAAUUUUACCAACCCGAGCUGCACCCGUCGUAGUUCGUGAAAAACAAUUCGCACUUACUUUUAGUUGUCUCGGGAAAAAAGGCUUUUCAGUUACAUUAUACGCCGCGACAUUCAUCAGUCGUAAAAAGUGGAUCGAAAUUGUUGAAAAACAAAGAGAAAUACUUAAUGAAAAGGGAAAAGUAUUUGAAAAUUCGAUUUUAUUGGAAAGAAAGAUUUUCACUGGUGCAAAUAAGGUUGUUUGUGCUGCUUUUUUUGAUAACCACCAGAAAUUGGCUUUCGGCACAGACACCGGGGUCUACGUUCUCGAAAUAGGUCAAAUUAAUAAACAAGCUGUUCGAGUAUUACAAAUUGAAAGAGUCACUCAAAUGGAAAUUUUAGAAGAAUUUCGAUUAUUGUUGUUAUUGGCUGACAAAACCCUUUAUACUUAUACACUUGAUGCAUUGGAUCCUAAUCCUGAUGAGAACAAUGUCAUAAAAAAAAGUUCUAGGAAAAUUAUGGCACAUGUUAGUUUUUUCAAGACCGGAACUUGUCUUGGAAAAUCUUUAGUAACUGUCGUUAAAAAUAGUGCUCUCGCAUCUAUUAUUAAAACCUUGGAACCUCUUGAACAGAAUACCAAAAGUAAAAGUAAAGGACCACUAAAGAAUUUCUUGCGGAGUUCAAACGACUCAUUAAAAACGUAUAGGGAAUUCUAUAUACCUACAGAAUUGGUAUCAGUACACUUUCUUAAGAAGAAAUUAUGUGUCGGGUGUUGUGCGAAGGGAUUUGAGGUAGUAGAUCUUGAGAAUUUAAAGACACAAGGUUUGCUAGAUCCAGAAGAUACGUCACAUGAAUUUGUCUUUAAAAACAAUCAUGUAAAGCCUAUUGCUUUGCAUCGAGUAGGAGGUGAUUUCCUAUUAUGUUAUGAUGGAGGAUGGCGUUCAAGACCUGACUGGAUAAUAUAUUGGGAAGGAAAUCCCAAUUCUUUCGCCUUAGUGCAUCCUUACAUUCUUGCCUUCGAGCCUUCCUUUAUCGAGGUACGUAACGUCGAGACAGGUUUACUAGAACAAAUUAUUGAAGGCCAUAAUAUGCGCUGUCUUUACUCUGAUUCACAUGGAAACAUUGUUGUCGCCACAAAUGAUCCUGUAACUGAUAGUUCAGAGGUAUUUACUCUGAAACUUGUUAAUGGAAGACGAGGUUCUUUACAGUCGGAAGCAACAAAUUGA